AUGUCGUCGGGGCAGCAGCAGCAGCAGCAACAUCAUACUGACCCCCGCACUACACCGCAUUCUUUCCAUUCCCCUCGCUCCCUGCACUCGCCAACCUUAUCAAGCUGCAACCCUUCCUGGAUGCGCCUCUACGUUGCCGGCACCGAUGCACUCGCCAGCGGCUGCGUUUGUGCGCGUGGCGUGCUACCAGAUGUGCUCGUGUUCGACAGCGCGGUGCCGCAGCCCGACGCACCCCCCAAAAUGUACUCCUCGAAUUCGAGGCCACGCGCGGACGCACCGCUCCCGCCACCGCAAUAG